GCAAAUCAAUACUGGCGCAUUGUAAUAGAGUGAAUGUUGUUGCUCUCGAUGAAUGUUGACAUCGGCGAGACCCUUUAAAUGCGCAUGUGUCGUGGUUCCCGCCACAAUAUCAAAACAUUGAAUCCACUUCCUAUUUUCAGCCAAUUUGCCGCCUCCAGAAAUGGAAAAUAUAAUAUCUGAUCUACAAACUCAAAUACCUUGCAGGCGUGACCAGAUUCAAUUCUUGGCGAACAUUCUGGGAGAGGAUGAGUGUUUGCUGCCCUGCAGUCUAUUUUUGUAUGGACACCGAGGAACAGGGAAGACCUUAGUAACAAAGUCUGUCUUAGAAAAACUGAAUGUCAUUAUUAGCCAUGUUAAUUGUAUAGAGUUUUAUACAGCAAAGGUUAUAUAUGAAACCAUACUAAACAAUCUUAGUGGAACAAUUCCAUCUGCUGGUAAUGGAUAUACUUCAUAUGCAUCUUGUGAUAACUUUGGUGAUUUUAUUCACUUCCUUAAAGUAAUUAAUAAUGAUAUUGGGAAGCCACGAAUGGCAAUAGUGAUAGAAAAUUGUGAAAGAUUGAGAGACUGUGAUGCCAACAUUCUCCCUGCAUUCUGCCGACUUCAAGAAUUGGCAGGAGAUGUCAAUAUCACUGUGAUAUUUUGUUCAACUUUGGCCAUUGACAAAUUUCGCUCAUCUACGGGGAUGAUGGAGCCAAUUGUUUAUCAUUUCCCUCAGUACACCAAAGAUGAAUUGGUUGAAAUUCUUAUGAAAGGACAGCCAUCAACAUGUUCUAGUCAUUUUUACAAAACUUACGUCAACAUUGUUUUAAGUGUGUUCUACUUGGCCUCAAAGAGUUUUAACAGAACUCAAAACAUCAGACAUCUGGUCCUGUUGCACUUCAAAACCUACUGUGAGCCCAUUCAGAAAGGUGAAGCUACUGAAGAUGACAUUCGAAAAUUAUGGAGGAACAUUGAACCACACCUAAAAAAGGCUUUAGAUUCAGUGUAUCUUCGAGAAGUAUCUAGUGCUCAGUUUGAAAGGAUGCAGCAGCUAACGGAGAGUGGGAUGACUCACGACCUUCCACAUAUAAAAUCAAGUGGGACAAAGGUGGAAUUACCAUUUUAUUCCAAGUUUUUGCUGAUUGCAGCAUACUUAGCAUCUUACAAUCCUGCAAGAACUGAUCGCAGAUUUUUUGUCAAACACCAUGGAAAGCAGAGAAAGACUCAUGCCAUGAUUAAGGCCAAGGAGAAGUCUAGCAGUCAGUUGGUGGGACCCAAACCAUUCCCUCUUGAUCGAUUAAUGGCAAUUUUCUACUCCAUUGUUGAAGAUAAAGACCCUACAGCAAACAUAUUUUCUCAGAUCUCUACUUUGGUAACAUUGAAAUUAUUAACACAAGUUGGAGGAGAUGAUCAGCUGGAUGCUCCUAAAUACAAGUGUGUUGUUUCCUUAAGUUUCAUACGUGGGAUUGCAAGGACUGUUGGUUUUGACAUCGUAAAGUACCUGUAUGAUUUUGCUUGAGGGAGAGCCCAUUGUGUCUUUGAAACUUCCCUCCUCAGGUGUCUGUUUUUGUAUAACAUAUUGAUUGAGGUAGAUUAACUCUUGUUUUUAUGGGCAGUUUAUUAAUUUUUUAAUGAAUAGUUACAGUUAUGGACAUGUAUUGACAUUUUAUAAUAAUCAACAUGUAUUUACAUUUUAUAUAAUCAACAUGUAUUGACAUUUUAUAAUAAUCAACAUGUUUAUAUAUCAAAACAUACUGUGACUGCAGAAAUAUUAAUAAAUCAUCCUCUGACCUAUCAGUAUUGCCUUGUCAUUCACUUUGGAACACAAUUGGAUUUUUAAAUGGUGCUUGCUUAUUGAAAAUUGAGUCUUCUUGAAAAUUACAAAUUGUAUAACAAGAAGUUUGCCCUUUAUCUUGUUGUUAUAAUAUGAUUUGGAGAUGUGUAUUUAGGUACCUUUAACCCAAUUUCAAAAGUCCACCUGAAUAUUUUCCUGUUAUAUUAGAUAUGAUUACAGUUAAGAAGUUUUAAAAUCUAAAUGUCAAGAGUAGUGAAUUACUCAUCUGAAACUUUUCUAACUUUUUAUGAUAAUAGCCAUUUUCUAAUAAAAUGUUGAGAUUA